AUGAUUUGGGUAUGCGUUUCAGACCCAUUUGACGUUCCUAGGAUUGCCAAAGAAGUUAUUGAGCAACUCACUAAAAAACCCUCAACAGCCACUGGGUUAGAGUCGUUAAUGAAAGAAUUUCGUGAGUCUAUUACGGACAAGAAAUUUCUUCUCGUACUAGAUGAUGUGUGGACCACCGACUACAGCAAGUGGCUUUUACUAGAGCAAGUUUUAAAGCUUGGCAAGAUUGGAAGCAGUGUUGUGGUGACUACACGAAAUGAGAAGGUGGCCAAAAUGGUGGGAGACACAAACAAGAUUUGUGUGAAUAAAUUGACUGAAGAGGAUUGUUGGUUGUUUUUAAGAGAAAUAGCACUAUCCAACAGAACGGAACAAGUGAGGGAAGAUUUUGACUCAAUUGGUCGAAAAAUAGCACGUAAAUGUAAUGGCUUACCUCUUGCUGUGAAGACUUUAGGGAGUUUUUUGCGUGUUAAGGACAUUGAAGAUUGGCAUGACAUGUUCACAAGUGAAGUUUGGGAGUUAAAAAAUGUUAGACAAAAUAUAUCUUAUAUAAUACUUGAAUAA